UGAAUUUAAAUACAUAAUAAGAAAAUGCAGUUGCGAGAACGAUGCUAUGUAACUACCACUAAACCCCCUAUGUAUGCUGUCCCACCACUGGGGUGCGAUUGACGUAAUUAUAAAAAUGUUUAGAAGACUUUGCCAGAAAAAUGAUUUUUAAGCGACGCACGGUAUUUUCAUUCACUAUUCAACAGCUUGUUUAAAGAAGUUAAGAUCUGACUCAUCAGUCUGAAAUACAUAGAAGGGAAACCAAAGCAAGACUACCGAUAUACUGAAGAUGAGUGGCCGUCCUCGAGACCCAAAUGACGACAUUGAAGAACUACAACAGAAAGUAAGGAAUAAUGAGAUAAAGAUAGCAGAGUUGGAACAACAGCUACAGAGAGAUCGUGACUGCUAUACUAAGAAAACCAAUGAGCUUGAAGAUGAGAAAAAAACUCUCGAAAAUGAAGUGGAUGAGCUCAAGAAGAAGAUAAAAUUGUUGGAAGAUGAACAAAAGGGAAGAGACGCUCGAUUCGAUUCCAUGGAUAAAAAAUUGGAAAAGAUGGCAAAAGAAUUACAAUUCUUUACUAAGAAGUCUCAAGAUCAGGAAAAAAAGUUGAAUGAAUACGUGGCUAAAACUGAUAAGUUGGAAAAAUCUC